AUUUGCCGCGGGAUGUAGAAACAAGAAAAAGUGAAAAACUACACGGCUCUCUGGAUCCAGCUCCUCUCCAACUACCUCGGGUGCAGUCCUGAAAUUUCCCUACGGUUCUCACGGCGACUGUCUACGCACAUACACCUGUAUAUUGUCUUUUUGGAUCUGUGUGCAUCUAUGUAUGCAAUCCCGUGCUGAUCAUCUGUUCGAGAAAAUGCCUCUUGUUGGUUUUAUUCGUUCAAUCAUUUGUCCAUUUCUUUGCUAUGCAAUCAAAUGGAAAAAAAAAACUGAAUUUUGUUCUUUUUUUAGAGUCCUUCAAUGGGUUUGCUUCGCAUGCAUUUCAUGUUCAUUUGGUGCUUCUCGUUCUCUCUUUCUUUUUCUUUAUUUGUUGUGCUUGCUUUCACUCUAUUGGAUGGAAUUUAUCCCUUCUGUGAAUGCUCUGGAAAGUCUCUUCUUUAGCCUUGGAUUAUUGGGUCUAGAGGUGGCAUCUACGAUGAGUAAUCUUAGUGAAGCUGCGCUUUAUAGAUAAUUCUAGAGAAGCUUCGAUUGAAUUGUAUUUUUGGAGUUAUAUCGCAUAUCAGACUAGCAUUUUUUCUGGGUCGUUACAUUUGGCUUGCAAGACUUGCACAGAUUUAACCAGCCUAAUUAGCCGACUCCUUUUUAAGAUUUUUUUUUCUCGAAUAUGGCAGUACGAAACUCCAACCUAUGUAGUAUUACUCUUUUAUUAAUUUACAUAAAGCUGACUUUUUUUUUCCAAGGGGAAACUUGGAAUUUUUGCGUUGCACUGUUGCUAGUAUAUGACCUUUAUUUUCCUUUACUGUGUAUAAUCUUCUAGGAGUUUAUGGAUACACGCUGUGAAUAGUUUUUGCUGACUCACUAAAACUAUCUUGUUUGUCUGUUUUUUCACAUGUAUAUGGCUAUAUUCAAUGGAUAGGUACUCAAUGGAGCAGGCUAUGGUCUGAUUAGAGGGGAAUGAACUUUUCAGGAUGCUCUCUGACAGCUUCAUUCACUCCUAUUCAUUCAUAUCUCCUAAAAACCAAUAGCAGAUUGCCAUUCGCUAUAUUCCAUAGGAAUUUGACCAAAUCAAAGAGCCUGUCUGCUUAUACUAGAAAAGAUCAACUACUUGCGAAUGCUGUGAUGGUUGCAGGGCGCUAUCCUCCUCCCUUGUUUAGUGUUGCUCCGAUGAUGGAGUGGACGGACAAUCAUUAUAGGACUCUUGCCCGUCUCAUCUCGAAACAUGCAUGGCUCUACACAGAGAUGCUUGCAGCUGAAACAAUUGUUUAUCAGAAGGAUAAUCUUGACAGAUUCUUGGAAUAUUCUCCAGAACAACAUCCCAUCGUGCUUCAGAUUGGUGGGAAUAAUUUGGAAAACCUGGCAAAAGCAACUAAACUUUCUAAUCCGUACCACUAUGAUGAAAUCAAUUUCAAUUGCGGAUGUCCUAGCCCUAAAGUAGCUGGACAUGGAUGCUUUGGUGUUCGUCUUAUGCUUGAUCCAAAGUUUGUUGGGGAAGCCAUGUCAGUGAUUGCUGCCAAUACAGAUGCUCCUGUUUCUGUUAAAUGUCGAAUUGGUGUCGAUAAUCAUGAUUCGUAUAAUGAGCUUUGUGAUUUUAUCUAUAAGGUUUCUUCUCUAUCACCAACUAGGCAUUUCAUAAUACACUCGAGAAAGGCCCUCCUCAAUGGCAUCAGCCCAGCUGAAAAUCGAAGUAUUCCCCCCUUAAAAUACGAAUACUUUUAUGGUCUCCAGCGUGACUUUCCUGACUUGAGAUUUACAAUCAAUGGAGGCAUAACUUGUGUUGACGAGGCCAAUGCAGCUCUAAGGGCAGGAGCUCAUGGUGUGAUGAUUGGGCGUGCCGCAUACAACAACCCUUGGCAUACCUUGGGACAUGUUGAUUCAGCAAUUUAUGGUUUACCAAGCAGUGGCCUUACACGUCGUCAGAUUCUAGAGAAGUAUCAAGUCUAUGGAGAUUCCGUUUUGGGAAAAUAUGGGCCGAGACCACGUGUCCGGGAUGUGGUGAUGCCUCUCAUUAACUUUUUCCAUUCAGAGCCUGGGAAUGGUCUGUGGAAGCGCAAAGCCGAUGCCGCUUACCAGCAUUGCACGACGAUUAAAUCAUUUUUGGAGGAAACCCUGGUGGCAAUUCCGGACCGUGUGUUGGAUUCAAGUGUUGCAAAGCCAGCAGCUGGUCGUGAUGAUCUUUUUGCUGAUAUACAUAGUAUGUUACCCCCUCCAUAUAAUGUUAGAGAACAGGAGGUGGUACUGUAUGCGUAGUUUGUGAAUCUUUUUGAACGUGAACUGAUUGGUCUCAUGUAACAUUAUGUGGUUAAUAAAUCUUGAGGUGA